GCUGGGGGCUCGGUGGGUGUGUGUACAGGGGUGUAUAUACAGCCCCCUCUAACCAAAGCACAUGCAUUCUCUACAGGUUUGAAGCUCUGUAGGUGCUUUCAUCUUUUUUCAACUCCGCUUUUCCUAGGUCGGGAAGCAACAUGACAUUCUACAGGCACUCAGGUCCCAGGAGCUACUUAACCUCCACCAUGACGGACCGUUUCGACUGCUUCUACUGUCGUGACAACCUGCAUGGGAAGAAGUAUGUGAAGAAGGAUGACAAGCACGUGUGCACCAAGUGCUUUGACAAAGUGUGCGCCAACACGUGUGCUGAGUGCAGGCGACCCAUCGGUGCCGACUCCAAGGAACUGCAUCACAAGAACCGCCACUGGCACGAGGACUGCUUCCGUUGCACCAAGUGCUACAAGCCACUGGCCAACGAGCCCUUCAUGCCCAGGGAUGAUGGCAAGAUCAUGUGUGGCAAGUGUAGCUCGGUAACCGACGGCAACCGCUGCCAGGGAUGCUACAAGGUGGUCAUGCCAGGCACCAAGAGCGUGGAGUAUAAGAACAAAGUGUGGCACGAGGACUGCUUCACCUGCUUCGAGUGCAAGCAGCCCAUCCGCACGCAGAGCUUCCUGACCAAGGGUGACGACAUCUACUGUGCACCCUGCCAUGACAAGAAGUUUGCUAAGAAGUGCUUCCACUGCAAGCAGCCCAUCACUUCCGGAGGGAUCAGCUACCAGGACCAGCCCUGGCACUCCGAGUGUUUCGUGUGCCGUAGCUGCAGUAAGCCACUGUCAGGCACUCGCUUCACCUCCCACGAGAACGCCUUUUACUGCGUGGACUGUUUCAAGAGUGACGUGGCCAAGAAGUGCCAUGGCUGCAAGAACCCUAUCACAGGGUUUGGCCGUGGCACCAACGUGGUGAACUACGAGGGCUACUCCUGGCAUGACUACUGCUUCAACUGCAAGAAGUGCUGCCUAACCUUGGCCAACAAGCGCUUUGUCAUCAACGGAGAUCACGUCUACUGUCCCGACUGCGCUAAGAAGCUGUGAGCUGCUCAUGAGAUCCCCACCUGAGAGAAAGCAACAUAAAAGAUUUAACUGCAGCUUACAACCAUUUUUUAGCCAUCUCUUUACAGUGAGAGGUUGUCUUGCUUGAAUUGUGUAUCUGCAUAUAACGUACAGUAGAGAUGCAACACACUUGCUUUGAAACGUAUUCUAGCUUUGGAGUGGCCAAUGUUGAAAUAUAACCAACAGAUGUAUUCUUGAGUGAUGAAGAAUAAAAGACGGUG